AUGUCGUUCAAUACGGCUCACUCGUUCAAAGCCUCGCCGAGCGUGAUCAAGAUCGCGCCAUGGCAAGUAUUCGAUAAGGCUUGGACAUCUGUAAUGGGAUAUCAUGCAAACGAAUUCAGGUUCAAGGAAGGCAUCACGCCCAUGUCAACGCCGACUGAGACAGUUGGCAUGAUCGUUCUCUACCUCGUGGUUAUAUUCGGUGGCCGUGAGUUCAUGCGCAACCGUGAGCCAUUGAAGUUGAAUGGCCUAUUUAAAGCUCAUAAUCUCUUCUUGACAUUGCUCAGUGGUGGUCUCCUUGCUCUGUUUGUCGGGCAACUGGCUCCGGCUAUCUGGAAACGUGGUCUAUACAAUAACAUCUGCGCCGCAGAUGGUUGGACCAAUGAGCUGGUUACUCUCUACUACCUUAACUACAUCACCAAGUAUAUCGAAUUGAUCGACACUGUCUUCUUGAUGGUCAAAAAGAAGCCUCUGACUUUUCUUCACACGUACCAUCACCCGGCAACCGCAUUGCUAUGUUAUACUCAGUUGGUAGGACACACCUCCGUUUCGUGGGUCCCGAUCACGCUGAACUUGACUGUUCAUGUCGUCAUGUACUGGUACUACUUUCAAAGCGCCAGAGGUGUUAGAGUGUGGUGGAAGGAGUGGAUCACCAGGAUGCAAAUUGCUCAAUUCGUCCUCGACCUUGGUUUCGUGUAUUUUGCAUCUUGGGACUAUUUUGCCAGCGCGCACGCUCCGUAUCUACCGCACAUGGGGCGAUGUGCGGGAAAGCCCUUCGCGGCCGUGUGUGGAUGCUUGAUAUUGAGCUCAUACCUCGUUCUCUUCAUUUUGUUCUACAUCUCCACCUACAGAAAAGCUUCUUCGCGAAAGGCCAAUAAGAGAGGGGACAAAGCAUCGGUAUCCUCGAUGAAGCAAAGUGCUGCUAAGGUAGCCGACAGCUGCAGCGGGGUGGAACACAUGAACAGCUCGCUAGUCUCUAGAAAGUGA